GGAUGCUGGAGGAUUUGGACUGACGGGCCGCGCUACCUGUCAGCAGGGGGCGCUGACCCCAACCGGUGGGCGAAGCGGCUUGUGAUUGGGGAAGCGGCUCCGGUGAGGGGCGUAUUCCUUGCCGGUAUGGUUGCUAUGACGCCAGGCCCCCGCCCCCUCGGCUGGCCGCCAUCUUGUUGUUGAUUCGUACCCAGUCUGGGCCGAGUCGGGAGCUGGGACGGAGCGGCCGCUGAAGGGCCGCCACUGUCGGGGAUUAGUCGCCAGCCCUGCCUGCCUGUCGGCUGGGCGGGCCAGACCCUGGAGGCCCGGGGGGCUUAGCCCCCGGGGGGAAGCCGAGGCCGCCAGCUACCAGAGCCUCGCGGCAAAGAACUGGAAGUUAAAGAGAUGCCCAAAGACAACUUUGAAAGGCUUAAGAUCUCAGUUUGAUGCAAUGACCAGCCGAAAUUCAGAAGACUAAUGAGGAAGUAUGCUACAUAACUUCUAACAGAGAGGUGAUGGACUCAAGCUGCAGAAUCAGACUUUUGGACAAAGCUAAUAUUUUCCUUGACUGACUAUGCAUGUUUUGUAGAACUGUAUUUUUUUCCCUUUUUUCUCAGUUUGGCAAAAAUUAAGGCAAGCAGACUCGAAACAUUGGCUUUCAACUCGCCAGGUUCUUCGAUCAUACUCUUCCCUUGUGGCCCAUGUGCUACUUCCUUUGCCCUCAUUGUGCGACUGGCCCCCAACGCAAUGUGUGUUUGUCAAACCAUGGAAGUGGGGAAGUAUGGCAAGAAUGCAAGUCGACCUAGAGACCGGGGAGUCCUCCUGGAGCCUUUCAUCCACCAGGUGGGCGGUCACAGCAGCAUGAUGCGCUAUGAUGACCACACUGUGUGCAAGCCCCUCAUUUCCCGGGAACAACGUUUCUAUGAGUCCCUCCCUCCUGAAAUGAAGGAGUUCACCCCUGAAUACAAAGGAGUUGUGUCGGUCUGCUUUGAGGGGGACAGCGAUGGUUACAUUCACCUCGUGGCCUACCCUUAUGUGGAAAGUGAGGCUCUGGAGCAGGAUGACCCCCCAGAGCGGGAGCAGCCCCGACGCAAGCAUUCUCGCCGAAGCCUUCACCGCUCAGGCAGCGGCAGCGAAUACAAGGAGGAACGGUCAGGGUUGAUCCCUGAGAGCUCAGAGAGCCAGCAGGACCCGAAGAGCCCCAAGGUGGAGCUGCACAUCCACUCGGACGUCCCCUUCCAGAUGCUAGAUGGGAACAGUGGCCUGAGCUCAGAAAAUAUCAGCUACAACCCCUGGAGCCUGCGCUGCCACAAGCAGCAACUGAGUCGGAUGCGAUCCGAGUCCAUGGAAAGGAAGCUCUACAAGUUCCUCUUGCUGGAGAAUGUGGUACAUCACUUCAAGUUCCCCUGCGUGCUAGACCUGAAGAUGGGGACCAGACAGCAUGGAGAUGAUGCCUCUGAGGAGAAGGCCGCCCGGCAGAUGAAGAAGUGCGAGCAGAGCACCUCGGCUACCCUGGGGGUCCGAGUGUGUGGAAUGCAGGUUUUUCAGCUGGACACAGGGCAUUAUUUAUGCAGAAAUAAAUAUUAUGGCCGCGGGCUCUCGAUCGAAGGCUUCCGCAAUGCUCUCUACCAGUAUCUCCACAAUGGCCUGGACCUCCGCAGAGAUCUCUUUGAACCCAUCUUGAGCAAACUUCGGGGUUUGAAGUCUGUGCUGGGGAGGCAGGCCUCUUAUCGGUUUUACUCCAGCUCCCUCCUCAUCAUUUAUGAUGGGAAGGAGUGCAGGGCCGAGAUGUUCCUAGAGCGCCGGGCAGAUACAUGCUCGAAGAAUGUGGACUCGGGGCUCCCUGAGAUGGUGCCCGACGGCACCAGCCCCAGCACCAGCCCCGAGACGUCCCCCUCUGCCACACCCAAGGUGGACGUCCGCAUGAUUGACUUUGCACACAGCACGUUCAAGGGGUUUCGGGAUGACCCUACUGUGCACGAUGGGCCCGACAAGGGCUACAUGCUUGGCCUAGACAGCCUCAUCACCAUCAUGGAGCAGAUGCGAGAGGAAAACCAGUAGUGUCCUGCGCUGGGUUCUCGUGUCAGCCAUUUCCCAGAGCCCUUUCCUCUCUACCCACAGGCAGGGACCACCCACUGAACUCACCACAGAGGGCAGACAAGACAGACUUUGGUUUUAAAGCGUUAUAUUUCUCUUUGGUGUAAAACUAAAAGAAAUGAUUUAGCUGUAGCCUGGAAUACAUAUAUAUAAAAGUGAAGGAGAGAGGAGAAAGCAGAAGACACGCUCAGCCAUUUUAUUAACCACGUGGCUCUGACAGCUUUGUCCAGGCUGGCUUAGGAAGAGGAUCUCUGGAUGUUUUGGCCUUGCUGAGACCAUCAGCUGCUCUGACCUUGUUAGUUCACAGGCUUCUGCCUGGUUUGUGGCCAAAAGGAGGCUUUAGGCGGGGGCCAGGGACCACCAGGCUUUUCAGACUCCACUUAUCCUUUGAUUGUCUCACUUGAAGCCUCCAACUAAGGGAGCACUUGAGAGCGGGAGCCUCACUGAAGGGCAGGCUUUUCAGUCAGGCGCUUGAGACCCCAGGCUCUUGCAUGUCACUUAUUCCUGAGGGGCUCUGGAGGCCACCAGACCUCCCUCCCUGGGGGGCUGGGGAGAAGGGGGGUAAGGAGGAUUCUGGGCAGCAGAUAGCCUUGUGGGAGGUUUCUCUGGUGCCUGUGGAUCCCCAAGAAAUGAGAGAGAAUGUGAGUGAGUGUUUCUGUGUUUCUGCAUCCUAGCAGGGAUGGGGAAAGACAGCCAGCAAGACUUCUCUGGUAGCUAAUCCAGGCUUCCUGAAGAGAGUCUUGGAACUACUCUCUCCCUUUCCCCCACAACCCUUUCUACCCCAGGCUAUUUGCUGCUGCUGCUUCUUGCUUUUUAAACUUGAGCUGCAAGAGACUAAAUGAAGUCAUUUGACAUGGAAUGGGGAAGAUACAGGUUUGUGAAGUUGGCCUGGUUGUGUGUGGAAUACGAGGACUUAGCAAAGGCCAGCCUUAGCAAGGAUUUGGCUUCCUCUGGCCCUCCUUGGUAUCCCUGGUUGAGCCCUGACCUCAUUUCCUGCCACCUAGUAGCAUGCACCCAAACUCCAGCCACAUGAGAAAUGUUUCCUCAAGAUUAGGGGAGUGAAUUUUAUUCCUAUUCUCUCCUACCCCCCGCCCCCAGGUUAUUUUGGGGCCCUAGGAGGUAGGUGGGGAGGGACCAGGGCUGCUUAGAGCCAUGAGCUUCGUGGUUAGCUGAGCCUAGAUGUGUGGGCUGGAGUUUGUUGGUCUGGGGCAGGGAAAGAAAGCACCUAAAUCUCAAGAUUCUCCAGCCUUGGCUGCCAUGUUGCUUCUCUUCUUGAUGCUCUUCUCCAAGGAGUCCCUGAGCCCAUAAGGUGUCAUGUGGCCUGCACCUCCUGCCCAGAUGUGGCAUGGUCAGGAGCUGCAGGACCCACAAAUAAAACCACCUUAGAAAACCCAAGCUCUGAAAGUGAGCAGCUUGACCUGCAGACCCAGAGACCAUGGCAAUUUCUGGCUUCUUUGUUGAGCCUGUUGAAUCUUGAGAAAAGGGAGGGUGUUCAGAGAGGCUGUUGAGGAGUCUCCUCCCUCCAGCUGGACCAGUUCCCAGGCUUGCCCCUAGGUACCACACUGCCCUGUGCAGUGAUGCGUGGAGCUUGCUUUGUUUUCCCCGCCGAGAUGCACCGCUUUGUUAAUAAAUCUUCUUAUAUUCCCUUCUCAAGUAGCUACUAAUUGGGGUUCUUCCCUUGGAGUUGGGCUCUGUAGAUGUUGAGGUUUUUGGAGGAAGUGGAUUAAAUCGUAGUAAGUCUCGAGUCCUGGUCUUCCUGUUGGUCAUUGUCAUAGCCGGGACGCCUAGUCCGAGGGAUGCAGCUAGAGUGAAGGCAAAGAAGAGGCUUCGGGGGUGGGUGGUUUGCUCCGCUCAAAGCUUUGGACCCUUGGCCCAACCCAGGCCUCUUGCAGUGUCGUGGGAAGGGCCAGGACAGAGCAUGCUGGAGGCUGUUGGCUCUGCCCGCUCUGAAGCCCAAGACUAGGAUCAGCCACAUGGAGACUUGAGCCAAAAGCCCAGGAGCUGCGAGCCCACCCGGGUCCCAAGAGAGUGUGAGGGGCCGCCGAGCCGCUGCCAGUCUGGACGGCAGCUUCAUGAGGACAAGCUGUUCCAUGCUACAGGCUCAAGAAGCAUGCGUGUGCAUGAGUGAGAGAGCGGUGUGUGUGAUCUCCUUAACCUCAUUUUCCUGUAGGGAGCUCAGCAUGUAAAUCGUCCUUCCCUUUGUCUAUCCUGGCUGCGGUGCGGAAAGGGAGCCGAGCCGCCCCUCCCGAGACCGUGACACGGAGAGCCGCUCUUUCUCUUUAGGCCUCCGGCGCUCCAUCUUCAUUUGGCCCUGGAGCCUUCAGAGGUAGGCUGGCCUCUAGAUCCGGGCUAGCCCUUGGCCAGAAUGGACUCGGAUGUUCGGAUCCCCGGGCCUGGUCAACGGGGCCAUCCCCCAGGGAGACGGGUGCCUUUUAGAGCAGACAAGACGGCUGUCUGGGAGAGGGCCGCGAGCCUGCUCUAGCUUUCCAGCCGGGUCGUGCCUGGCUGGAGCAAUCAGUGUUUCUGGGACCUCGGGAUGGGAAGAACAGGCCAGUGCGCCUCCUUAGCCAGUGUUUCUGGGCCCAGCAUUCCUGGGCUGGGCCCUGCGGCCGGCCUCAGAUCUAGCAGGGAGCCCUCAAAGUGUUUUAGACCACGCCCAGGCCCUCGUGGAUGGGGAAGGCCAGAAACGACCGGUCAUAGCCAACGAUCAAGCUUGUAGAGCGUCCCAGGACGCUGCUUUGCCAAACUUCAAGAGGAAGAGGCCAUAAACGUCAUGAGGACGCACGCGGGGGCCUGGGCUUUGGGCGCGUGGCCGUGGCGGGCCCUUUGCCAUCCGUCCCGUCCGGCGGCCUGCAUCUCCUGGCCAGCCUCGGGGGAGGGGCUGUGUGAUCCCAGCACUGGACCAAAGAGAGGGAUGGCAAAGGAGCCCGGCGCACGGGUGCUUUUGUUCAAAAUCUAUAGUAUUUACGUGGGGCCAAUAAGCACUAGCCACUUGCAAAAAAUGGAAGGCCGGGCCUUUGGAGCCUGGGACCUGGGGGGGGGGGGUGAGUUGUGAACCAAGGGGCUGGAUGUCUGCCGAGCGGCCCCCCAGGAGCCCCAGAAUGUUGCUUUGUCUGCCGCAUGGUUUGACUUCAUGGUAGAAGAGCCUCCCCGUGUGCCCCUGCUCUUCCUGGAAGGAUAAGGACAAUCAGCCAUGUCGGCUCUGCUGCCUAAGAAGAAAACUCCUCGUCCAGCCCCCUGCGCAGUGGCAUUCGGACGUGUCUUCUGGCAUUUUUCUGCAUAUCUUUAGUUUUCCCUGGAACUCGUUUAGGGGCAUGACCGUGACAGUGUCUGUGUACUCCCCCGCACUGUUCCCUCGCCUUCUGUCUCAAAGUCAUGUAUAUAAGAAUAAAGUCACUAGAAACAUA